UCUCUGUCUCUCCCUCCCUCUCUGUCUCUCUCUCUCUCUCUCAGAGUCGAUCUGUUCGGUUAACCGGUCAGUGAUGGAGCUGCCGUCGUUGACCUGCGUCCUGCUCCUGCUGUCCGCCGUGUGUCACCCCGCAGAGGCAGUGAACCUAUACGACCCUCAGCUGUGUUACAUCCUGGACGGUUUCCUCGGUCUGUACGGACUCGUCAUCACCGGCAUGUUCAUCAGAGAGAAGUUCUUCAGAGAAAAAGUGAAGUCAGCAGAGGGCAGCGGUCUGGACUCUGGAGGUUACGCCCCGGUGGUCAGAGGAGACCCUGAGAGAGGACGAAACCGCAGGAUGGCCGAUGACUCUGAAUACACGACUCUGAACAAACACUCUGAUGGAGAAUACAAGGCGCUCCCGGUGAAGAGAGAGCGUCAGAGGAAGAACGAGCAGAUCUACCAGGGUUUGAGCUCGGCCACCAGAGACACGUACGACUCGCUGCAGAUGCAGCCGCUUCCUGCCCGCUAACGCCGCCAUCACCAUGCCACGGACCACCAGAUAACCACGACUCCCUGCGACCAAAACAAACGAUGACGACGUUUGUUUUAGAGAAUCUGUACAUUUAACCUUUGACCCUCUGAACACAAAAACGCCUCAAAACUCAGUUUAACUUCAAAUCCACGUUUUACCGUAAAACUUCUAAUAAAAGCUCCUCCCACUUCUAGGCCCCGCCCCCUUUCCUCGCCUGGUGUUGCUGCCCGCUUUGAUGGAUACAGGCGGCUCUCAGUCAGACGCCAUCUUUGCGUUUAGUGUUUAAAUGAAUCGCAGAUCAAACAAACAACGAGCAGGAGGUUAGAGUGAUUUAUCAUUUUUUAGUUUUAACGAUGUUCACUGCUGUAAAUUUACAAUUUUUAAAUCUUUCCCGUCUUUGCUCCGCCCCGCUUUGGUUUGUGAAUAAUUAGCGGCCCGUCUCGUUUCGGCGCCCGUCCUAACUGAAGGUCGACUGACGUACAGAAAAGGUCGGGCUGUUUAUAGAAGUUUUACGGUAACUUUCGGAAAAAAGAAUCCAUUAAAUGUUAAAGUCUAAAUUGAAGGAUGAUGUUUCAGCUCGCUGGUUUGACGUCUGUUCAGCUGAUUUAGGCCUAACGUAACGUGUAACAGCGUGCGUUACUACGUGACCGAAAACAAUAGUUUUAAAAAGAUCUUUUUAUGUUUCCACUUUAAAAGAUUGAAUAAAUCAGGAGGGUCAGUGUAAAUAAAAGCCGGAGAUGAAUUUAUAACAUUUAUAUUGUAAUAUCUUUGUAACUUUAUCUUGUUCAUGUCAUAAAGAUUAUUUUAAGAUGCAGAGGGAUCAUCUCUAAACACAACUCUGCAGGGUGCAGUACCACAGUUUGUCCACCGGAUGUCGCUGUUUCACCAAAACGGAAGGAUGUUUCAUGAAGCUAAUUACAUUUUAAAUUAAUUAAAAUUUAAACUAAAAGGACCAAAACAAAUCAUCAAAUGUAUCCAAAAAAUAAUUAUUAUUUGUUUAAUUUUCAGUAAAAUCUUUAAAGUCCAUCCGUGUGGAGCUUUAUCAAAAAAUCAUUAAAUUAAAUAUCAGACAUUAAAACAUGUUUUUGUUCUUUUCCCUUUUCUUUAUUUGAAAUGGUUUUACAAAUAUAAGUUAUAAACACAAUCCUCCUGCUGGCUUUCUUAUAUUUUAAAUAUUUGUUUUUAUAGUUUUCUGUGUACUAGUUAUGAUGGGAGUAGUUUUAUAUUGAUCGCUAGUUUUUUCCUGAGAAAUUGUUUUGUAAAAUAUGACAGAUCAUUUCUGAGAAUAUUUGUUCUUGUCUUCUUCACGUGUUUUACUCUGAUGACUAAACGCUUCCGCUAAAUGAAUCGUAGAAUAUUAAAAAUGUUUCUUAAACAGUC